UGUAACCAAACACCCUCAUUUCUAUCGGCCUCAUUUUCAUGUUGCGACAUAACAUGCAAUAGGAUAUUGUAUUGUUCGGUCAGAAUUUGCGGUUUAUCUGCAUCGAGGAGGAACCAAGAUGAACAAGCGCUCAAGUUCAGGGGCGCUGCCACCGAGCAAGCGAAGACACACUGAAAGCGAAGCAAUAGACUUGCUUCUCGAUCACAGCGAUGAUCUCAUCAGAUGUCUCCAAGCACUGACAAAGGCCAAGACAAGAUGUUCUAUCCAUCCUGAAGACUUUCAAAAGAUCCGACAGCUUAGCAAGGUGUUACUGCCAUCUUUCGAGGAGUUGGCUAGGGAAGGAAAUACACAGGAUCUAGAAAGCGGCGAGAUCGACGAGAAUGAGAAAAAUGCAUCGCAUGAGAAGGGCGAAUCCCUAAUUACACCUAGGCAGACCCCAGCUGUCUCAGGACCACCAAUCCCGUCUUUCAUCUUGGUUAAGCCAUGGACGCCAGCAGAUAUUCCAAAGUCAAUGCCACCUCUUCCCGAAAUCACACAUCCUGUCCUAGAAUUGGCGGCCUUCACGCAUGUAGGCAUGACCAAGCACAAAUCGGAUCUGAGUUACGACCGCCUUGAGUGGCUUGGAGACGCCUAUGUCGAGCUGAUCUCGUCUUCACUCAUUUUCCAAACUUUCGGAGGCAUGUCAACGGGCCAGUGCUCACAGAUCCGAGAGCUUCUGAUUCGCAAUGCCAACCUGGGAGAGUACUCAACGCACUACGAGCUUUUUGAAAGAGCCAACUUGCCGCCGGAGUUCAAGCCCAGAGGCAACCAGCCGGCCGUGGCAAAACCACAUGAGAUCAAAAAGGUCCGCGGUGACUUAUUCGAAGCCUACGUCGCCGCCGUGGUUCUCUCCGAUCCCACCAAUGGACUCACUCGAGUUGCAGAGUGGCUCAAGACACUAUGGGCAACGACCAUCAAGGACCAGAUCAGAUCGGUUGCCAAGACGCCCGGACUGAAGACGGUCAAGGAGCUUGGCGCAACUGUGACCGAGGAGUCUAAGCUACCCCCAAAGGUCCUCCUGAGCCAGAUUAUCGGGGCGAAGGGCAUCAGUAUCCGCUACGAGGACUUGUCCAAGGCGAAUAAGAAAGACAAGUACAACAAUAAGCUGGCUCUCUUCACCGUAGGAGUGUUUCUUGACGGAUGGGGCGAGAAGAACAAGCUCCUCGGAACCGGAAGUGACCUGAACAAGAAGGAGGCGGGCCAAAAGGCAGCGCAGAUGGCACUGAAUAACAAGAAAUUGUUGAAGGUGUAUCAGGAUAAAAAGAAGGCUUUCCUGGAUGCUCUUGGGGAGACGUAGGCGAGGUUAGAGUGAGGCGGUUGCACUAUACCCAUGAUACCACUUUCAAUUAAAGCGACAAUUCACAAGUUUGUGGUCAGCCUAUGAAUAAUGAUCAUAAAAUGCC